CACGCGCUGAAAGUAGGUUAGAGCAGCGAGCGAAAAAAAGACAGUGAGCACUAGUCCAGGAAAGAGGUUGGAAGACUUGGAGUUCGCUGCAAUAUUUUGUAGCAUAAAGUCCACGCUGAGUCACAGAAGAAUACUUGGGCUUCACGGAGUAAAUAGACUUCGCAAAAUAGCUUAAAGACAUUCUCGAUAUUUAAUCUGUUUCACAGAUCAGCUACUUGUGAACAUAUGAGGAUUUGUUGUUUUUACAUUUUUCAACAGCUCCUUUUUGGAGCGAAAAAGCAUAGAUCAUAUUUAUAUACCUCCAUUUUAUUUUCAUUAUCUGGAGUUUUAUGAGUCAAAUACAAUUAUCAAGAAUAUGAGAGCACAAAUUGAAGUGAUACCCUGCAAGAUCUGUGGGGACAAAUCAUCAGGGAUUCACUAUGGUGUAAUCACCUGUGAAGGCUGCAAGGGCUUCUUUAGACGCAGCCAGCAGAACAAUGCUAUGUACUCCUGCUCCCGCCAAAGGACCUGUCUGAUUGACCGCACCAAUCGGAAUCGUUGCCAACACUGUCGGUUGCAGAAGUGCCUGGCCCUAGGCAUGAGUCGUGAUGCUGUGAAGUUUGGCCGCAUGUCAAAAAAGCAGAGAGACAGCCUGUAUGCUGAGGUCCAGAAGCACCAGGCUUCCCAGGAGUUAGCGACUGUCUGCGAGGAGGAAGGUGAGGUUGGAGGUCACGGCCGGGCAUACAGCAGAGGCUCCAGUGCUGCCCUCAGCGACCUCAGCGACAUUACCACCUUACCGGACGGCUUGCUGUUAGACCUGCCCCUUACACCAGAGGGAGCCGGAGGAGAGUACUGCAAUCUGGAGAUGAUGGGGGGCAGCGGGGGAAGCAGCACCUCCUCUCAGAGCUCACCCGAACAGAACGGACUAGACAUUGGAGACGGCAACCACCACAUUAAGCACGAGUACCAGCUUCUGCAUGAGUCCGGUCUUUUCACCCAUGCGCUGCUCAACCCUUUACCUGAGGGGUGCUCCAUGCUUGACAUAGAGUGUGUAACAGCAAGUGUGGUGAAGUCUCACCUAGAGACAAGUCAGUAUGGGAGUGAAGAGCUAAAGAAGCUGUACUGGUCUGUGUACACCCCUGAGGAGACGCGCAGCUUUCAGAGCAAGCCUGCAGAGGUCAUGUGGCAGCAGUGUGCCAUCCACAUCACCAAUGCCAUCCAGUAUGUGGUAGAGUUUGCCAAGCGUAUCACUGGAUUCAUGGACCUCUGUCAGAAUGACCAGAUCAUUCUUCUCAAAGCAGGAUGUCUGGAUGUGCUUUUGAUUCGCAUGUGUCGCGCCUACAACCCCAUCAAUAACACUAUUCUGUUUGAUGGCAAGUUUGCCAGUGCACAAACCUUCAAAGCACUCGGUUGUGAUGACCUUGUGGGGGCCGUGUUUGACCUGGCCAAGAGCCUGAGUCGUCUGCAGCUGUCUGAAGAGGAGAUGGCUCUGUUCAGUGCUUCUGUUCUCCUUUCUCCAGACCGACCAUGGCUGACAGACAGCCAACAGGUACAGAAGCUUCAAGAGAAAGUCUAUCUGGCUCUGCAGCAUUGUCUACACAGAAGUGGCUCAUCAGAGGAGAAACUGGCAAAGAUGGUGUCCAAACUUCCCACGAUGAAGUCCAUCUGCAAUCUCCACAUUGACAAGCUUGAGUUUUUCCAUCUACUCCACCCAGAGACAGUGUACAAUUUCCCACCACUGUACCGCGAGGUGUUCAUCAGUGAAAUCAACUAUCCAGACUCCACAAUCGGUUAAAAAUCAGUUCAGAUAUGAAAGUGAUUCAUAUAGAGACAGAAAUUUGUUGGGAAGGAGAAUUACAGAGGGAGAGGAACUUGACAACAGUGAAGCAACGAGCAGCUCAGUGACAAUCCUGCAUGCUACACCUUUUGACACUCUACUCUCACCUCAGACCUCCACCCUAUGGAGCUGCUUGGACUGUAAGCCAGUCCAUGCUAUACGAUUCAACACUAGGUGCUGGUUACUAUGUGCAUGCUACCUAUUUUGGCGGAGUGAAACAGUUCUGAGAUUUCAUUUUGCAAUCUCAGAUGUUCUUUCAAAGAGAGUUUGAGAUCUCACUUAAGCUAAAGUCAUCUAUAACGAGUUUGACUUCUUUCCCUGUUCUCCAUGUCUUUCUAAGCUAAUUUUGAAUGUACCUCGCAGACAUGCAGCCCUAAGCUUGACAUGGAAUUAACUAUAUACCAACCUUCGCCAUGGAAGAGUUGCGGUGUAGUCUAUUUUUAUUAUAUUUCCAUUGCAGUUUCACAGCUCCUUUUUGGCAGUGCCCACAGUUUUGUAUGUAUGAACAAACUGUUUCAAGGGACCAAGAUCAAACAGACAGGCAAAAAGGUUUUUAGCAUGCAAGACAUGGACAAGGAGACCCAAGGUGUCUAUUAUCAUGCAAAUGCUUAUGCUGACCUACACAUUCAUUUUACAUUUACACAUUCAUUUCACAUUUACACAUUCAUACACUGAUAUUUUUUGCUCUUUAUUUUUUCAGACACAAUCCAAAGACCUCAGUCCCAUUACCUUUUUCCUUUGCAAAUGCCACUUAGAGAGAGCAAGAGAGAGUAGUAACAGAAGUAUUUUGAAAGUAUUUUUUAGAUGUUUCUUACAGUAUAUUUACUCAAUAGAGAGAGGGAUUUUGAGAGGGAAGGAGGUUUAUAAGAUAGAAUGAUUCAGGUAGUCAUGGUUAAAGAGGAUGCUUACUCAAAGAUUUACCUGGUUUAACAAAGGCAAUUAAAUGAAGACAAAUAAAGAAAUGGGUUCACCAGGA